AUGGCUACCCAACUGUUCGUCCUGCCCGGGGACACUAUCGACCCCAAAAUUCUCCCUGCACACCCAAAUCUCCCACUGAAGAUUGGCCCUGGCUUGCGACACACGCCCCCAAACACAAUUAGCCCUACGGUGGCUGGAAAAUUAUGUACAGACCAGCGUAAAAAUGCCGUGUGGGUGGAAUAUAGUGGUCGUCGCUAUAUCCCAACGACGGGUGACCUUGUGAUUGCUACUAUUCAAAAGUCUGCUGCCGAUGUCUUCUAUGCCUCGCUCAGCGACUACACAGCUAAUGCUUCUUUGCCACAACUCUCCUUCGAGGGCGCCUCACGGAAGACACGCCCGCAGCUCGUGCCUGGCGCGCUCGUCUACGCACGGGUCAGUCUUGCUAAUAAACAUAUGGACCCGGAACUGGAAUGUGUCUCCUCAUCGACCGGAAAAUCUGAAGGCCUCGGCCCAUUGGUCGGAGGCAUGCUGUUUUCUAUAUCUCAAGUGAUGGCGCGACGACUGAUGCUCCCGAAUCCAGCGGAAAAGGGUAAAGUUGUUAUCCUGGAUGAGCUGGGCGCGGCAAGUAUAGCUUUCGAGAUUGCCGUGGGACGCAAUGGGAAACUCUGGGUUGAUAGCAAAUCGGUGCAGACUACUUUGGGAAUCGGGAAGGCGAUACAAGAGAUCGAUGCCAAGUAUCUAAGUGUAGAACAACAAAAAAAACUGGCUCGAAAAAUUAUCAAAGAAAUUUCCUAG